AAAGUUCUCAUCCAACGGCUCUUAUUCCCCGUGUUUGACUCCAUCUUGUUUACACACACUGGCACACCCACCCAAAAUCAUCAAACCCCAUCACCAAGAACUCGCCAUUUCUCUCUCUCACUCACAGAUCUACCCAUUUUAUCUUUAAAGUUCUAAUCUUGAACCAUAAAGUUUUUAUCUUGAUCACGAAUUCUCGAUUUUGAAGUUGGACUGGGUUUAUACAACUGAUAAUUUGCAUUGGCGAAGGAUUCACAAUGCCUUGGAUAUAUUGUGUUCGCUUGGUGGUGUUCUUUCGUGUUAUACUGUAAUUGAUUAUCUAGCUUACAACUUGAGAAUCGAGAUACAUCCUAUAUAUUUUGGUUGGGGUGUUGAUAAUGUACAUUGGAAUCACGUCGAGGAGAUACAAAGCAGUGAAAGAAGUUGGGAAAAUUAAAAUGAGUGUUGGGGUUGUUGCUUACUAUCAACGGAUGCAAAUUUGUCAGGCUGAAUAUUUCCGCCAAUUGCUAAAACCUGUGACGUAGGAUAGUGCUAUACCAUUCAUUUUCUCUCAGUUUGCAUACAAGACACCUUGAGUUGCUUAGUGCUAUAGCAUAUAGGUUGGGUUGGAUGAUCACCUGUACUAUAAUGGAAAGCUUGUGCGUGCUUUUGUGAUCUGUUGUAGUCGUAGGAACUUCCAUCCAGUUGAAUUCUAAUAUUUUCCCUUUGAAGCUGCAAAAUUCCAGUUUAGUAAAACAUCUAGUCAGUUGAAGUAGUAAUGCACGGGGAACAGCAGUUUGCCCCUCAAAAGCCAAAAGGCCACUAUACAGACCAAUUGGUUGGUGGUUACAUGUGUAAUGCUCCCAUUUCACCCUUUUUUGGUGGAACAGUUUCCCCACCAACUCAAAAUCACCUGAUGCCUUUCCAUGGUGUCAAGUUUCAACCUUCUGAAGCAUGCCCAAGAAAUUUCAUUAUAUGUGAUCAGACUGAUAACCGAAGCCAGAUAAUGUUCCAUCCAACAAUUUGUGGCAAAUUGUGUCAUCCUGGCCUGAAUUUCUGUCUCCCUUCCUUUGAAGAAGAUAGAGCUAAAGUGAAUACAAAUAUUGAUGAGGGAGAAGAUUCUCCGUUGAAAGAAGACUCCGAUGAUAUUGAUGCAUUGUUGAACUAUGACGAGGAAGAGGAGGAAGAAAGUGAUGAUGAGGUAGUUAGCACAGCUCGUACUUGUGGAAAUUAUCCAAGUGAUUUCCUUGAUUCUUGUUCCUCGCAUGGUUCAAGACCCAAGAAGGGCAGGUUGCCUACUUUUUCACAGGAGUCGUAUGGAAAUGACAGCAACUGCAGCGGCAGAAAGCGUCAGAAAGUGAAGAAGAUGGUUAAGGCAUUAAAAAGAAUUGUGCCUGGGGGAAACCAGAUGGACACUGUCACUGUCCUUGAUGAAGCUGUGAGGUACCUCAAGUCUCUUAAAGUAGAAGUUGAGACACUGGGUGCUGGAAACAUAAAGACGUAAUUCAGACUCUACUGCUUACGCAAUAAAUUACAAAAUGAUAUUGCUCCCAGCGAAUGGGAUUAAGAUGGUCCGUGUAUGUGUUAAUAAUGUCAUGCAUACUGUUGUGGUGGAUGUACAGAUUGCAUGUACUGCUCAUGCGGACUUUUGCUGUCUAGACACCAAACAAUGCUGCUAUUAUAUUUCCUGAUGCAACUCAGAGUAAGAGUCCUUUCUGUAUUAUGCAAACUUCUGGUCAGAAAUAUGUAAACUAUAUUUGAAUCUUGACUUUUCUGCAUUUCGAUUCUUCGUAUUGGUAUUAUUAUACAGACUAGAGUUGAUUUUUAUUAUUAAAGCUUUUUCCUGUAA